AUGGCUCUUGACGAAUACGUUGUGAACGGCCGCAAGGUGCCCCUAUCAGACAUCGUGCUCACAUUGAAACUAUCGGCCUUCGAAGGCUGCGGACCCUUUGUCCAAGCCAACCGUUCUCGCUUCGACCAGAGUUCUAGUAGCGCGUUGCUCGACCGCCGUGAGCGAGCUGGAACGGAAGAACGCGAUUUGACCUUCACCAUCGUCCUAGCCUUCUCCAACCCUCCGGGGCAAUCGCGAUCCCAGUUCAUCAUCGGGCGUGACCCCAAGUGCUCCGACGUUGUCUGCAAUUCCACUUCCGUCAGCAACCAACAUAUCAAGUUUGCCGUCGAAGGUGAUCACGUCGUCUUGUACGAUGUCUCCUCGCGGGGAAGCAGUCUGGCUCUGGGUAACCGCGGAGCGCAGGAGACAUGGCCGAAGCCCGGCAUCCCCUUUAAAUGCAUCUUACCCCCAGGGUGCACUGUCACCCUCAAACUAAAGGAUAGUUUGGCAUUCCAGAUCCGAGUUCCCAGCCGCGACGGCCCCCGACUAGAUGAGUUUCGCAAGAGGCGCGAUGCAUUUCUCGCCAAUUGUUCUGACCUCGGAGGCUUGAGCGUCGCCUCCCAGGUCCCAACGGGGAGCGCAACCCCCUCACACUUGGCACUCGAAAAGCGGCAACAUAUGUACUGGUUUGCCAAAGAGCUGGGGCGGGGUUCGUUCGGCACCGUCUAUAUGGUGCGCCGUGUGCAAGACUGGCAGAUCUUCGCCGCGAAGCAAAUCGUCGAAUCCAAUCCCAGAUUCCAAUCCAUGUCCAACUCCCAAUCCACGCUCAAAAACAAAAAGAACACAACCUCUGGCUCUAACAAAAGAGACCUGAGAAGGGAGAUGGAAUCCUUGCAAUCCCUCAGACACGAACGCAUCGUUAGGUAUAUGGACUGGUACGAAGAUGUGCCGGGCCGCUGGAUUCUUGUCAUGGAAUAUUGCCAACACGGCAACCUUGAACAAAUGAUGAGGGAUCGAGAAAGGCCCUUCACAAAAUCUGAAAUUGCUGAGAUUCUAAAGCAGACGGCUGAAGGAUUGCUUUACAUCCACGACCAAGGCAUCACACACCGCGAUCUCAAGCCUGACAACAUCCUCCUGCGCAGCAAUACCCCCCUCUCCCUUGCCCUAGCUGACUUUGGUCUGGCAAAUAGAAAGGGCGGCAGCCGCUCCCGCAUGGAGACAAUCUGCGGUACCGCGCCCUAUAUGGCUCCCGAGAUAUGGGGAGCCGGCUACACCAAUGCCGUCGAUAUCUGGGCCCUCGGUGUUGUUGGGUUCGCGCUGAUGAACAAUGGGCUGCCGGUCCCGUCUGGAGACCGUCCGCCGACCUACUCAGACUUUGCUUUUGACGAAAUAGAAAAUAUGUUUAACCGGAAUCCCAGUGACCGGCUCGUGGCUAACGUUCGGAAGAUGCUGGCCCGAGAUCCCGAAGACCGACUCCCGGCAGCCGAGUGCAUCGAGGACGCAAACGAGUUACUUGACUUUCUGCGCUCAAACCAAAAUCAAGAUGGCCAUGUUAGCGGUCGAUCGUCGCGCGAGCUUAGCGGCCAGACGUUCCGAUCGUCCGAGAUCCGGGCAAUUGAGGAGAAGGAGUUCCAGACAUCAAGAUUCCGGGCCGCCGUCGCAGCUGCUGCGGAUACGACACUCCCGGGUCAGAAUCCCAGCCACAAACGAGGCACUGCCGCCCUUCCACGGUCCAACUCACUGGAAGCACCGUCACCCAAGACACCCCGUGUCAAACCACGGGAUCACCUGGAACAGAAGGGUUCCGUCGUUCCGCAGCACCUCAACAGCACUUUAGUCACAGACGGGCAUGGCCUACCUAAAAAGAACAGCCCCAGCGUUCUCCCGCAGCUCAGGCCCACGAACGUACGACGGACUGAACAGCGUGCCCUCGCGCAAAAACGGGCAGCAGGUCGCCAACUGCGGCCCGAAUCACCCAUAUCGGCGCCACAAAACCCACCCCUCACGGGGGAAACAGCCCGCAGAAUACUGCCUUCUAUUGAGGAGGAGGAUCAGCGGCCUGGGCAAAAGGGGCACGCCGCCGCUCCAUCGCCAAUGGCAAGAAGACGAAGCAACGCUACGGGUGCCACAGCGCAAGCCGGCAGCGGCAAUGAAACGCAAAACAACCCGAGGAGGUGA